AUGAAGAUCCCCAUCCGACUGAACCACCCGUUAGUGAAGCCCUUCGUGGGCGCGGCGCUGCUGUUCUUCAUGACGUACUCGCUGCUCGCGCACUGGGAGCAGCGGGGGAACAGCCCACACUUUGAUGCGUCUACGCGCUCGCAAACGCACUUUGACAUUGACGUGAUGGCGGCCGAGGCGGCGGCGCAGGGCAAGACGACGCUGGCUGCGGACCCGAAGCCGACGGGCGGAGCCACGGCCGGCGAGGAGGGCGAGCUGAAGAAGCGUGACCGCAAGAUCGUCGCGCACUUCUUGGCGGACUGGGCGCGGACGUUCGACCUGGCGGAGGAGGCGGGGCUGGACGGCCUCGUGCUCAACCUGGGCAAGGAGCGGUGGCAGCUGGAGCGGCUCGCGACGGCGUACAACAUGGCCUCUCGCCGGCUGCGGCGGCCGGUGCUCAACGCUAAGCCGAUCCAGCUUAUGAUGUCGCUCGACAUGACGGACAUCCCCUCCAGCAGCUGGCAGCACGGCAAGAUCCUCGUCGACACUUUGGUGCAGCACAUCCAGUCGCCCGCACAGAUGCGGCACGGGGAGGACGAGCGCCCGCUCCUGACGACGUUUGGCGGGGAGGGCGCCUCCUUCGGGGGACGGGGGUGGCACGGCGUGCUGGCGCGUUUCGCCGAGAAGUCGCACAACGGCAAGCGCCCCUUCUUCUGGCCCGGCUUCCAUGCCGACAGCAAAGCUAUCAUUGACAACAAGGACGUGGACGGGACGUUUGCGUGGAGCAACGCGUGGCCGCAGAACAACCACCGCCUCACGCUGACGCAGGACCUGCCCUUCCUCGUCGCCAAGAAGCCGCACAUGAUGGGCGUGUCGCCCGUCUUCUUCACGCACUACGGCAAGACGGGGCGGUACGCGUUCGACAAGAACUUCAUCUACCGCUCCGACGACCUGCUGUACCCUUCUCGGUGGCGGGAGAUCCUCGAGCUCACGCCCGACCACUCGCCCGAAAUGGUCCAGGUCAUCUCGUGGAACGACUAUGGCGAGUCGCAUGCCAUUUCGCCCUCGAUGGGCGCCGAGCCCGGCUCGCGGGGUUGGACGCGAUACAUGAACCACGUCGCGUUCCGGGAGAUGACGUCCUACUUUGGUGCGCGGUGGCGGGACGGCGCGCCCGAGGUGUCUGACGAAAUCGUGAUUUGGGCAUGGUACCGGAUCCACGGCAAGGGCGCGACGGCGAAGUCGGACCCAGUCCCUCGGCCCGAAAACGCAGACUGGGCCCAGGACCUGAUCAACGCCGUCGUGCUCGUGCCCGAGGCGCUGGAGGAUGUGCUCUUCGAAGUCGUCAAUGGCCGCGGACGCGGGAGCACGCACUCGUUCAAGCUGAAAAAGGGCAUGAACAUGCUCACCAUGGGAUUCCGCCCCGGCCGCGUUGACAUGUACCUCCACUCCAAGCUUGGAUUGCACAUUCGCGCCAAGGGGAAGAGGAUCCUAGAGGACAAGGACGUGUCCAGGUACAACUUCAACUUUUGGAGCGGCGCUUGGCACGCCGGCAUCCCCGGGGUUGGCAUUGGGAGGCGCGCGCCGAGUGAGGAGAAUCGGUGGUGGGACGAGGAGCAGCAGGCGUGGCGGUGGAACGUUGAUGAUGUUGAUGGGGACGACGUCGACUUCCCCUCUGACGCCUCUGAGCCCGUUGACGAGGAGGUGGAGGCUGACGGGGAGUAG